AUUCGCAAACCAGAGAACUAUCCAGCAAUAUGAAGUAUUUCCUAGUAGUCCUAGCAGUACUAGCACCCCUGACUGCAGCAGCCAGCCUGGGGGAGCAGAAGCCGAAGCCUAACGCCUUCGUCCAGUCCCUGAGGGACUUGCAUCGGGGUCCACCAGUGGAGCCCUCAAAGACCAGAGCCAAGGUGGAGGAGCGUUGGAUCGACCAGUGGCUGGACAAUUUUGAUGAGCAAAACAACGCAACUUGGAAGGACCGCAUCUUCAUCAACGAGCGCUACUUUGUCGACGGUUCCCCCAUUUUCAUUUACCUGGGCGGUGAAUGGAAGAUUUAUCCCGAUAGCAUCACCUCUGGCCUCUGGAAGGACAUUGCCAAGAAGCACAACGGCUCCCUCGUCUACACCGAACAUCGUUUCUUUGGGGAGAGUAUCCCAAUAACCCCACUUUCUACUGAGAAUCUGCAAAAGUACCAAAGCGUCGAGCAGGCCCUGGCCGAUGUGAUCACCGUUAUUGAGACCCUGAAGGAGGAGGACAAGUAUAAGAACUCCAAGGUAGUGGUCUCCGGCUGCUCCUACUCGGCCACCAUGGCCGCCUGGAUUCGUAAGCUCUAUCCUGACACCAUUAAGGGCAGCUGGGCCUCAUCGGCUCCGAUACUGGCCAAGGUGGACUUCAAGGACUACAUGAAGGUUGUGGGCCAGGCGUACGCAACUCUUGGCGGACAAUACUGCUACGAUUUGAUCGACAAUGCCACCGCCUACUACGAGGAUCUCUUCGACAAUGGAAAGGGAAAGCAGGCUAAGAAGGAGCUAAAUCUGUGUGACGAAUUCGAUGUUGACAGCGAGCAGGAUCGCUGGCAGAUAUUCAGCACCAUUGCCAAUAUCUUCGCCGGCAUUGCCCAAUACCAAAAGCCUGAGAAGUACGACCUGCCCCAGUACUGUUCGGUGCUGCGAUCCUUCAGCGACGACGAUUCCGUGGCCCUGUCCAAGUUUAUCAACUGGAAAAUCCACGAGCACUCUGGCGAGUGCAUCAGUGCUACCUACAAAGGAGCUGUGGGCUACUAUGAAUGGUCCAAGGAAAACUACGAAGAUAGCGAUCUGCCUUGGAUCUUCCAGACCUGCAGCGAGUUCGGUUGGUUCCAAUCUUCGGCCAGCAGCCAACAGCCCUUUGGAUCCACUUUCCCGGCCACUCUGUACGAGGACACCUGCGAGGGUGUCUUCGGGUCCAAGUACGACUCGGCUGGUAUCCACGCCAAGGUCAGGAAUACCAACAAGGUGUUUGGUGGCCUGGACGUGAAUGCCACCAAUAUCUACUUUGUGCAGGGUGAGUUGGAUGGCUGGAGCAAGGUGGGCGCAGGAGUUGCCCAGGGAGCCACCAUUAUCCCAUUGGCCUCCCACUGCCCCGACACGGCAUCUAUCAGCGCCUCCGACAGUGCCGAACUGGUGGCCUCUAAGAAGAAGCUUAUCAAGCUGGUGGCCGAGUGGCUGGCCGAUGAGUAGCUAUAAUUAUGCCUAUUAUUGAAGUAUUCUUAGCUUAGAAGUUUGUUGUUAUAUGGCUUAACCGACGCCUAAAAAUGUAAUCAAUAAAUAUAAUAAUUAUUAAUAACAUA